AUUUUUUUAAAACCCCUGACCGCCUCUCUCUCUCUCUCUCUGUAAAGCAAAAGCAAUUCACUCACUCCUCCAGCCAUAAGUUUCAAAUAUUCUUCUCCUGCCCUCUCUCUUUAUCUCUCUCUGCUUUGCUCCUUCUUGGUAAGAUUAUCUACCUACCUCCUAAAUGGCUAGGCGUGUAUACCAUGUUUGGAAGGGACGCAAUAUUUUCUUCUGCAAAGGGAGGCUUAUAUUUGGUACAGAUGCCAAAUCAUUGAUUAUUACCUUAUUGCUCAUCCUGGUUCCCGUUGUUAUAUUCUGUACAAAUGUCGCAAGGAACCUCCUCCGUGAAUUUCCAACAUCUAAUACUGGCUAUGUCAUUCUAGUCGUAACAAUUCUGUUCACAAUAUACGUAUUGGUGCUCCUGUUUCUCACUUCAGCCCGUGACCCAGGCAUUGUUCCUCGAAAUUCACAUCCACCAGAGGAAGAGAUUUGCUACGACCCUUCAACCUCGGUAGAUGUUGGCGGGAGACACACACCUACUCCACGGUUACCGCGCACAAAAGAAGUUACUGUCAAUGGUUUUUCUGUGAAAGUGAAGUAUUGCGAUACAUGCAUGAUAUAUCGACCACCCCGUUGCUCACAUUGCUCUGUAUGUGAUAACUGCGUGGAGCGAUUUGAUCACCAUUGUCCCUGGGUGGGCCAAUGCAUUGGACUGCGCAACUACCGGUACUUCUUUCUGUUUGUUUCUUCAUCAGCUCUUCUCUGCAUCUUCAUAUUUUCAAUGUCAGCUUUGAACGUAAAGUUUCUUAUGGAUGAUUAUGGUUCUCCCUGGAAGGCAAUGAAGGAGUCACCUGCAUCUGUGAUAUUAAUAGUUUAUUCCUUCAUUUUCCUCUGGUUUGUCGGUGGCCUCACCUGCUUCCAUCUGUAUCUUAUAGGCAGAAACCAGACUACAUAUGAAAACUUUCGCUAUGGAGCAGCCAACAGGCACAAUGUCUAUGACCAGGGUUGCUUAAGGAAUUUUCUUGAAGUAUUCUGCACCAAGAUAAAUCCUUCAAGAAACAAUUUCCAGGCUUAUGUACAAGAAGAGAUGCCCAUGCGUAUAACCCGAGAAGUAAAAAUAGAUGAUUCAGAAGGAGACAGUCGGACAAAAGUACAAGACAAUCUAGAAAUCGAUAAUGACCUUUUAAAGAUAUCCCAGCGUCGUGAUGCUGUAGAGGCUGUUAACAGCAGAAGCUGAGUUCCCUUUGCAUUAGGAAUCUCAAGUUGAGCCUUUAAUGAAACUCACUUAUUCAAAUGUGGUAGAAAAAAAUGGUGUAACUUGGGGAUUUGGGAUUCUUGCCAUAGAGUAGUUUUUGAUAGCAAAAGUCACACAAUUUAGAGGGAAGAACUGCAAGGGUGAUGUCUAUAUCAGUUGUCACUGUUAUUCUCUGGUUUUUUUUUUCCCCUCCAUGCCAUUGGAUGCUGUGUUGAUUUCUUUGAUAAUAGUCGCACAAAUACCCCGGAAAGUUA